AUGGGCUCUGGGUUGGUAUUCUCUCAAAUCCCAGCCGUAGGUUUGGUGGAAGACGAGGUUCUGGUCAUACAGGCACCAUUACAUCUCUCCCCUGGGUUGCGGAAUGCCCCGCACAUUCUCGGCAAGGAUAUGAUAUACCUGGUUGUCUGGAACCAUCACGUCGUAUUGAGGUUGGCGGAUCAGCAUGAAGGAUUGAACCGCAUCAAUUGUGGCAGAAAUACAAAGCCACGCAAGUUGAAGAAAUCUUCCCAUGCCGGCCGAAGCUUGAUAAAGAGAAGCUUCCAGAAGUCAUGA